AUGAGAGGUAGGUCUUUGGCCAGAAGUGUCAAGGCCGCCUCUCGUCAUCACCAUCGCGAACCCGACCGUACGACCAAACCCCCUUCCACCAAUCUGCAUCCUCACCUCAACAGAACAGAUUUCACUUUGUUUGUUGCCAAUAUCCCUUUCGAUUGUUCCAGGGAAGACAUUUGGGGCAUUUUUAGUAAGUAUGGCAAGCUCUUGGAUGUUUACAUCCCUUCUCUCCUAGGGAUUUCUAAGCCAAGGGGAUAUGCUUUUAUCCGUUUUUUAUAUGAGCAGGACGCAGUGGCAGCUAAAUACCUACUGAAUGACUGUCGGAUUAACAGUAGAAUCGUCUCGAUUAGAUGGGUCAGGGCCAAACGAUUCACCACCGACAAUGUCAGGGUACGCAUUCCCCCUCACCAAGCUCAACCGAGCAGAAAGGCAGGUCCCCUGCCUCCUACAAGAUCGUACAUGACGGCAGCAACUUCUUCUCAACCUGUCCCUAAUAUCAGGAAAAUCAGGGAUGUCGCAGAUGGCAAUCCUUCUCCGCCCUCUCCACCAACAACCAUUGCGGACCCGACAGCGGUCGCGCACCGACUGCAUCUCUUGAGCCUUGUCGUGGUGGGAUGUACCUCUAGUCCGCUCAUCUCUGUGUCGUGGGCCACGGCUGCAAUCAGAGACUCCAAAUUCCAAGUGUCGGCGGUAGAUAUUGUCUGA